AACAGCAAGUAGGAAGAAGGAGGGAGAGAAAGCGGGGAGGACCCAGGUGGGUGGCCCUCCAGUCCACCCAGCUUAGGGAAUGCCUCUGCCUUCUCCCCCCUCCCCUUCACCUGGUUUUUAAAGCCCUGACCAGUGGCUACUUAAAGCAGAGGAGCUGCGGUCAGCAGCAGCUGCGUUAGGACUGCUCUGGAAGAAGUGUAGCGGGCAGAAACCUUGACCAUGACCCUGGACAGGCUGCCGCCACCACUGCUGCUGCUGCUGCUCAUUCUGUUGCCCACCGCCUGCUCAGGAGGCGCCUCAGCGCGAUGCCCCGGUUGCGGGCCGGGAGUGCAGACUGCUUGUCCCGCCGGCUGCGUGCAAGAGGCAUCAGAUGGGGCUUCGCCCGCAGGGAGCUGUGCAGAAGCCGGGGACUGUCUCAGGAAGGAGGGGCAACCAUGCGGGGUCUACAUCCCUAAGUGCGCCCCAGGACUGCAGUGCCAACCGCGUGAAAAUGAAGAGACACCUCUGCGAGCGCUGCUCCUGGGCCAGGGCCGCUGUCACCGCGCCCGCGGGCCGCCGGAGGAAACUCCAAAGGACAGUAAACCCCACAGAGGUGCUUCCCAGCCACGUGACACAAGCCACAGAGACCGACAGAGGAAUCCAGGAGUCUCCACAACCCCUACCCGGCCCAAUCCAGGGGUUGCUCAAGACAUCGAGAUGGGCCCCUGCCGCAGACACCUGGAUUCAGUGCUGCAGCACCUGCAGACUGAGGUCUUCCGAGGGGCACACGGGCUCUACAUGCCCAAUUGUGACCUCAGAGGCUUCUACAGGAAACAGCAGUGUCGUUCUUCUCAGGGAAAUCGUCGUGGUCCUUGCUGGUGUGUGGAUCCGAUGGGUCAGCCCCUGCCAGUGUCUCCAGAUGGUCAUGGAAACUCUCUCUGCUCUGCCAAGAGCAGUGGCUAAAGUGGGAUGGGAAGCAGCAAGGCCACUGGCAAGAGUGUGGGGCUGUCAUCUGAGUUACCUAUGGAGUAACUCGGGCUCUGUGUGUGUCUCAACACCCACCUUCGGGCCCUGUUGCAAUGUCUCCCUUUCUCUUGGGCACAUCUAAUCAGAAAGAUUAUUGUUGACUUGGGACACUAAUAAAGCUAUGUUGAGGGUCUCUGGC